AUGCAGGACAAGAAGCCAAUUGCUUUCUUUAGUGAAAAGCUUGGAGGAGCCACUCUCAACUAUCCAACCUAUGACAAAGAACUCUAUGCCUUGGUCCGAGCUUUACAAACUUGGCAACACUAUCUCUGGCCAAAGGAGUUUGUCAUCCACACAGACCAUGAAUCUCUCAAACAUCUCAAGGGCCAGCAAAAGCUCAACAAAAGACAUGCCAGGUGGGUUGAGUUCAUUGAGACAUUCCCAUAUGUCAUCAAGUACAAAAAAGGUAAGGACAAUGUUGUAGCCGACGCAUUGUCCAGGAGGUACACUCUUCUCUCAACUCUUGAUGCUAAACUCUUGGGCUUUGAACAGAUAAAAGACUUGUAUGAUUCUGAUUCUGAUUUUGCUGAGAUUUACAAGUCUUGUUCUAAGUUUGCUUUUGGCCGAUACUCCAGACAAGAUGGGUUUCUCUUCUAUGAGAACCAUCUCUGUGUGCCUAAUUGUUCUUUGAGGGAUUUGUUUGUCAGGGAGGCACAUGGAGGAGGCUUGAUGGGACACUUUGGUGUGGCCAAAACACUUCAAGUCAUGCGUGAUCACUUUCAUUGGCCGCACAUGAUCAGAGAUGUGGAGAGGAUAUGUUCUAGGUGCAACUUGUAA